AUGCAUGCUGUAUGUGGAAACAAUCUACAAAAGAACAUUGACCGAAGCGCGACAGACACAUUGGAUGGCAAGAAAACACAGAGUAGAAUAGAGACAGCAGAAGGCCACAUCCUCCAGAAUAACAGCGAAAUGCCUCCAGAUCAUUCGGAGAACAAGAGCGUUUGGAGCCCGCAGCUGCACGAAGCCUUCAGUGAUGUAAUGGUUGGUACAAAGGCCGCUGAUGUUCUUCCUGGGCAUGUAGCUCUGCUUUCUCCUGCUGUUGCCAAAGCAGUUCAAAGAGAGAGCUUUGAAUGGUCGCUUCCAGCAGCAGCAGAGACGGAAGCUUCACCGAAGGGUCAGAUGGAGACAGAGGAAGCACUGGAUGCCAGACUUGUAGGUGCUCACGAUGGUCGCCUUGAGCUUUCAAAAGGAAGUUCGCCCGUCGCGAAGCGGCUCCCUCAAUCGCCAUCACGUGGGCUCCCAAGCGACCUUGAAGACCCAGGAGAAAUGAGGUCACCUUCGCGGGAAGCAGCAGACCGAGAUGUGCAGGAAGACACGGAGAUGGAACCUUAUGGUAUAUCGACCCAGCAAGGAGACGAGAAUAAAGGAACAAGCAAGAGCUCUCCUGGUGCUACGGAACUGAAUGCCACAGAUCCAAGUGCCACAACGCCUGCAGACCCUCGGAAGUCCCGAACUGACAGCAGCACAGAAGAGCCAUUCCCCCGAAGUCAGGACUUCCAGAGGGAGGAAGCACUAAAAGGCGAACGCUCUAGAGAUGACGGAGAUAAACAAGAAAAAGCGGACGCUUGGCAGCCUCUCGGACGGGGCUGUGCCUCUUCCGCUACACCCGUACAGCCUUUCCAAGUAGCAGCAACUGUGAGCCUAGGGGCAAAUUCCGGAGAAACAGAGACGCUCCUGCCUGAAUAUCGUGAAGGCCAGUGUCCCAAAAACUUUGCAACAGGCAAAGGUCCCAUCAAGGCCGUGCCCGACGAUAGCACGAGGCAAGUUAAAGAAUCAUAUUCCUUUGCAGAGGCUACCAAUGGCCCUCCUGCUAGGCUGCUGAGCACUGAAGCUCACACUACAGUCCAAGAGGUUCCUGUGGCCUCCGAGACUGAGACUCAUAAGGGUUUUGAUGCAUCUAAAGUCGUCAACUCGCCUCAGGCUCCUGGAAAGUCUUCCAACGUUCAUGAGGUUCCCCAAACGUCUGCAGUUGUUGGGAAAGUUGAGGCCGCUGAGGCAAGUGAGGCUCACAAGGUCUUCGAGGCUCCGGAGAUACUCAAUGUCACUAGUUCUCCAAACGCUUCUCAGGCUUCCGAAACUUUUGAGGUCCUUAGGGCCCCAAAGGUCCUCGAAGACGUCAAACGCUACGAAGACGCCAUUGCCCCAGAGAUUCAGACAGAUCCACAGAUCUCUAACGUCCCUACAGUCCAUGACAAUUUGCUAGCUAGACAAAACAGUGCAGCAUCGAACGGUGAUGAGCCUGAAGCUCUCUGUAAACCUGUAGAAGCCAAAGUCUUCAGAGUCGUACAAACGGGAGAGGCAGCCCAAGUGGCGGCGACCAAACCCCACCCAAAAAUACUUGCAGCGACGGGAGCCGGAGAAUCCAACUGCCCUGCUAAUUGCGGAGAUCUAGCUGAUCGUGAGUCCGAAUUAUUGCCCGGUGGUCAAAGCAUUGACCUUCCGACCUCUCGAGACUACCGCAAGGUCAUCGAUGUAGCGUCCACAUUCCCGCUUGGCGUCCGACUGGAGCUGCAGGAGCCCUUGAAAGGUAACACGCACGAGUCUAUCAAGGUGCCGAGUAAAGACAGAGAAGGCAGCGCAGCUGGUGUGGAAACUGCUGAAGAGCUUCCAGGGAACUUCCACUUCCCUGAAGAAGCUACCGCCACCGCAAUACCACCAGAUCACAGCCAAAUGCAUGCCCCUGCAAAGUCUGCAGCAGAUGCCACCGUCGUUACAGCAGCAGCAGACAUAUCAGGUAAACGUGCAGCAGUACCCACUCCGGCAACAGCAGCACCGACGCAGCCAGAGCAGGAAGCGCACUCUGUUUCCAGCGCAAAGGUAGCCCUAGUGUCAAGCAGCGACGCAGAGCCACUUCCUUCUGUUGGAUCUCAAGGUGGAACGACGCUGUGUAAGAGUAAGGAAAGCUCUGCAGCCUUCGCCGAUCCUCCACCAAGCUCUUACCUAGCCCUGAAGAGACCCCAAGCUGCUUGUCAGCGUCAGAACGUCGCAAGUGCAGGAUGCGUGGCAGACGCGGAAAAGGCAGUAUUGGCAGUCUCUGGAGACCCUGUUGCUCCCCUUAGUCCUGUCGCAGAACCUCUUGCCGUUGGUGCCGCCAACACUGUGAGCAAUGCGCCGGCAGAGGAGACAGUUGCAGAUCCCCCACAGCCUCUCGAUAGCCCAGAAGACAACCGUCUUGCAGUGCCGCUGGAUCCGCAGAGCAUUUUGAGCGGAGCAGGGGAGAAGAAUCAACGGGAGAGCGUUCAUUUGUUUCCAAACCAGGAGCUCGCCAUAAGCUCACCCACUCUCCCAGCCCCUUGUACGGCCUUGCAAAACCUACCACAGGGUGCACAGCCUGCUGCUGAGUUUGUCGCCUGCAUGAGCAAUGCAGAGAAGUCCUUUAGAGCGGUUGAACAGGAAGUUGCAGAGCUCCAGCCUCCACCGGCAAGUCAACCUGCCUCCCCAGUUGCGCCUACUGAAGGAAAAGGGAGUGAUCCGUCGUUUGGUACCACAAAUUCCCUGCAGGAACAGAUAGAGCUAGGAUCAGCGUCUGCGGCGCUCCACAGCGGCGGUCGCUCGGACAAUGAAGAAGGAGAAAAGAAGCCUCGAGGGGGAAAAGAGUUCUUGGGGGCCACAACACUUCCAAGGACACACAUUCAGGCAGAAACCAAUCUACCAUGUAAUGGCAUCUCAAAGGCUCAAACAGAGGACCUCCCAGGGGCAACUACGCAGAAUUCGUGUGCGGUAAAGGAGGAAGCGAAUGCAGUUGCAAGAACUGUUCAGCUCUCUGCGUCAGAAGAACUAAGCACUUCACUGGGAAGCAAUGGCCGGGCCAACGACGCCAAAAAUGACAACAUCGCAAAUGCAGCUGUUCGCAAUAACAGCAACGCUGAAUGCAGAAGCAGUGCCAAAGCAAGCAGAAGCAGCACCAUGGAAGGGAGUGAACGGAAAGCUCAAAGCACUACAGAAGGGGGAACAGUAUGCCCAAAGGAGAACUCAAGGGGAAGCUUCCCCUCUAUGAGCUCGGGCUGCUCGGUAAGGGUAUCGACGACUCCGUUGCCACCUGGCCAGAGCAGCUGGCGCAUGCAGAUUGUGGGGCAUAGUCUAGGAGGGGCCCCACCUGCUACUAACCGCUUUUCUGGGGCAUUGGACUCGGUUGCAACCAAGAAGCUUUCGGAAGAACAAAUGGAGGAGCCCCUUGUCAUAGAAAACGUAGUUGUAAAGCACGCUCCCAUCACCGCGCCUCUUCCCUACAGGAAAUCCCCAGAAUCUUCCCUUAGGACAUUCUCUCGCCCGUUCUCUCCAGUUACAGAGGUCCCUAAGCUCCAGGAGACGCUGCAGGGAAGCGCUGCGGCGCCAUUAGUCAAGCUUCCUUCCAGCUAUGUAUCUGAUGGGCAGUCGGCAUUGGCAUCAUCAGCAGCAAACGCUCCAGCACCAGCAACAGGAGAGGGAGCAGGAAGAGUACAAGAAACAACAGCAUCCCACUUAGCGGCUGAGCUCCGUGUAGACGGUGUCAGGCCUCCAGUCAAGUCAUUCCAGUCUAAUGGGGUAUUGCCUCCUAGAACAGCCCCUUCCAACAUUUCUCGGAACCCCUCCUUGUUCUCCCCAGGUGCCGCUGGAGUCUGUCGGCCAGCAUCCGCUGUGAUGUCAAUGUUGCAUGGGCCUUCUGGUGCUUCAGUUUAUGGUCCUGCAUCAGGUGCCCCCAGCAUGAUGCCAAUAUGUGAAAAAGCAGGCGACUCCUCACCAGUGAGAACCCUUUUGCCACUUGGUGUGUCUCUUUCCCCUGUCCCUGCAAUUCCGCGCUCUAUUUCCAGAAGAAAUAGUCAAGAUCCGCUCCCUACACAGUCACCAACAGCCUCUUCGGAUCGAGAGUCCCGAAGACUACCAUCCCUACCUCCUUGCCCAAACACUUCUACAAGCAUAGAAUCAGCCACACAAUUGACUUCAAGUUGGUCGAACCCCGUAGCCGCCCCUGGUGGACCUAAACUAACCAAACAUGUAUCUCCAGUCGUCACAUCCCCGGCGUAUAGGAGUGGAACCCCACUUGUCACGGCAUUCAGGUCCUUACCCUUAGCCGCACCUGGGGAAGCACAGAGGCCUCCUACACUGGAGCAUGUAAACCACUUAAGACAGACAGUGGACUCACCACAAGAUGGGGCAGCAAAAGUUGCUGCUGCAGCGACUUCCCCCAUGUUCAACCCGAGGUCGCCUCUCCCUGUCGGGCUCCCUUCAAGUUCUGUCACUGCAAACACGGAAGGCAGCCAGCAACCCGUGAGGCUCACAGUCCCACGUAAGGCUCCAGGCUCCCACAGUCAUGGGAGCUUGCUUGUAUCGAUAAACCCACGGCCGCCUAAUGCUAGUCAAGGCAGUGCAGGUCAAGGGGGUGACAUACCAAGCCUCUCCUUCCCCGCCUCGCUGCUGCCAACGGGUAGGCUUCCUCUUGUCAAGUGGCCCUCAACGGCCUCUCCAAAAGCAGAGCCUUCAACGGCACUAGCAAAACCAACAGCGCCACCAGCACCUAAUCCAAUAUUACCUGUAACAGCAGCACCAGCACCAGCAGCGACAGCAGCAGCAGCAACUGCACCGGCUCGCGCAGUACCAGCGGCCCCAGUCGCGCCAGCAAAAAUGGCACCGGCGCCACCUGCAGAAGCAGCAGCUGCACCACUACUACGGCCAGCGCCAGCAGCCCCAUUUCUGAUAUUGCCAGCAACAACGGCACCGGCGAGAGCAGCAACAGUAAAAAUGGCGCCGGCGCCGGUAGCAACGACAGCAGUAGCAGCAUCAGCACAAGCAGCAGGCGCAGCAUCGGCACCAACAGUAUCAGCAUCAGCAUUGGCAGAAUUAUCUGCGUUAACACUACGAGCGAUAGGGACAAAAGCAUCAGCACCAGCACCAGCAGCACAAGCAUCAGGGACAAAAGCAUUAACAGCAGCACCAGCAACGCCAACAACAACAGCACGAGCAGCAGCAGGUGCAACAGCAAUACCGACAGCGGCACCAGCAGCGGCGCCGUUAGCACCACCAACACACGAUAAUGCAACCGUUUUAAACCAUCCCAAUGUUCCCAAUGUUGCUGGAGGGCCCCUGCGCUCCGCCCAGUGGCUGCCCGCACCUGCCUUCAGCAGACCCUCAACUCCAAGCUUCUCCACCAGCUCCUUGGCUGUAUCAAUUUAUCCCUCAUCAGGAAGAGAGUCGCCUCUACCCUGGAGGGCCCCAGGGCCAUGUGCCAGCCACGGUCCUACUCCGUCUGCCCAGCCUUCAGAUCCUUCUGUCUGUUCUGUCCCGUUCACGAGACAUCCACCGCCGCUUCGACCUCCAGGGGCACCACUGGUGAUGCUGCCUGCCAGAAGGCCCUCAGCUUUUGUCCCUGUGCCGGGGAGGCAGCCGGUAAGCGCUCAACAGACGCAGCCAGGUGGAUCCCUUGAGUCUGUUGCUUCUAUUCCCGCCGCCGGCGUCGUCAACCCAGCUCUUGCGCUGCCAAGCCAGACCCCUGCAGUGUCUGCAAAUCCCAGCAUGAUGAGGAGUCUAAGCGGCCGCCCCUUUGGUGCACUGAGAGGGCCGUUUCGGCCGCCUUUUUCCCCUCUCCUUCCACCCUUAAUUCGCCCUGCUGAAGGGGCUGCUGAGGCACCGCGGUCAGCACUACAGCAGCCUUCCACUUCACAAGGGCAGCAGUUGGAGGGGGCAUUGAGGAUGCCGACGCUGCAACCCCAAACUUCACUUACUUCCUCGGCACCUGUAGGUGUGACGGAGAGCUCAGCUGCGGCUUUGCAACAGUUUAUGGGACCUCAUAGCAAGGGAGGAAGUUCCUCAUCUCCCACUGCUGCGCAAAAUAGCCCACAAACCAGGAGGUCCCCUGCACAGGCAAAUGCAGGGGAGACAGAAGCCUUCAAAGGAAUAGUUAAGUGCCCACAGCCGCUCCCACGGCCUGCUGAGGGGCCUGGGUUUCUGGCGGAUGGCCAGUUCAACCCACCCAGUACAUUCUCCGCCGCAACCACGAAGCCUGUGUUUACUUCAGUUCUGGCCAGCGGGCUCCCCCGAGCACCUGUAUCUGGGCACCCCAAUCUCCCAUCAACAGCUGCCCUUCAUGGCACUUCCGCUUCAGCUACAAAAGCGGCACAGCUACUACCAUCUUCAUUGUCCGCAGGCGCGGAGAUGCUAGGAGGGCCUCCACAGGUCCCAAUGAAGCUUCCCAUUCCACCAUCUCCCCCGCCAAUAGUCCCUACAAUGCAGAAAGUGGAACAACAGCACCCAUCAUGGAGGCCUCCUAAUGAGGCAGCGUCACCAGGCCAAAUGCUCACGCCGGCCGCCAUAGGUUUCAGCAGGCCUGCCACCGUAGUGCCUGCUGAAGAGCCCCCUACGACCAAUCCUCUGACUCGGGUGGAUAGCUCGACGGUGGCGGCCAGGAACCAAACAAUUGGCAACCCGGCAAAGUAA